UAAAUUGUUAACAAAUGAAUGAAUCAAUUUUAAUUCUGUUUUUAUAGUUGAUUUAGUUGGUUAAUUGUCAUCAAAAUGCUUGAAGUUUCAACUGUUCUUGUUACUGGUGCUAAUCGAGGCCUUGGUUUUGAAUUUGUCCGUCAAUUGGCUUCAGCUGAGCCACGAAUUGAUCAUAUUAUUGCCGCUUGUCGUAAUCCAGAAGAGGCUGACAAUUUAAAGUCUCUCGUUGAAAAAAAUGACAAUGUUCACAUUUUGAAACUCGAUGUUGUUGAUUAUGAUUCUCAUGAAGCUUUUGUCACUGAAGUUGAUAAGAUUGUCGGUGAUAAAGGUUUGGAUAUUUUGAUUAACAAUGCUGGAAUCAUGAUAAUAACUGAUGUUGAUAAGGUGACACCGAAAGAAUUCAUGAAAAAUUAUGAAAUCAAUGCUGUGGGUCCAUACAUGUUAACCAGAUCAUUAGCACCUCUCAUUAAAAAAUCCCAGAGAAAGUUAAUCGUUGCCAUUUCAUCAGGAGCUGGAAGUAUAACUCGGACUAAUGCUCGUCUAGGAGGUUUUCCAGCUUACAAAGCAAGCAAGGCUGCAAUGAACAUGUUAACCAGAACCUAUGGAGAUCACCUUAAGGCCGACGGAGUUACAAGUAUAAUCUUCUGUCCUGGUUGGUGUAAAACUGACCUUGGUGGACCCAAUGCCAUGUAUGAACCCGAUUUCAGCGUUUCCAAUAUGAUUAAAAACAUUUCCACUCUAACACCAGAAUCAGAUGGAACUUUCAUCAACUUUGAGGGUAAACCGAUGCCCUUUUAAUUGUCGGAUAAGCUGGACGAGUAGACGAAAAUAUUAAUCUAGUAAAAAAAUUUCAGUUUUGGAUCGGCAAAAGUGACCACAUAAAUUAAAGAUUGCACUCCGAAUAGCCUCUUAUUCAAACUCAAA